AUGCCGCUGAGGAGUGCUGCUGUUGUGCUGCUGCUCUGUGUGCAGCACGUGCACGGGUCUGCUCUUCCUGCACUCUCCCCCUACGAGUUCACCGCCUACAGGAUGCAACAGUACAACCUGGGACUGAAGAAGUGUGGUUGUCGUGGAGCUAUCGUGGUGGCGGAGGCCCGCUCAGCAGAAGAACCAUUGUUGACCCGCCGCUGUGUCGUCAUGAAGGUGCAGGACUUCACCACAGAGAAGUACAAAGAGGCCCAGAGACAAAAGGCUGCUGCUGUGCUCAUCUUACUGCCCCAAAAUAUUUCCAACAUCCCUUACGACAAGUUACAGUCCUUCAUGGUGGGUGAGAGUGAAGCCUUACACAAGGAGAGCCUUAUUCCCGUGUACGUAGCGCCAGAGGACGAGCAGUUACUUUACAUGUACGAGGAGGUUAAACAAGCUGCAGCCGCUCGGACCUUAUCCAUAUUUGUCAGAGUUCUCCGAAGCAUGGUGACAGCUACAGCCUUUCAGAUGUUGGUGAGCAACAGCGCUCCGGUAAAGGCUGUCACCGACACCACUAUAGUCACGCUGGAGGGAGUGCUGCCUGGAGCAGGGGAGGAUGCACCCACCAUCGUCAUCACCGCUCACUAUGACUCAUAUGGCCUGGCUCCGUGGUUGUCGUAUGGCGCCGACUCUAACGGCAGCGGGGUCACCAUCCUCCUGGAGCUGGCACGUGUCUUCCAGAACCUGUACAGCAGCUCCAGCACCCGACCACCAUACAAUUUGAUGUUCUCCUUAACUGGAGGAGGGAAGUAUAACUUCCUCGGCACAAAGAGAUGGAUUGAGGAGAAUCUGGAUCAUGCCGAGUCCAGCCUGCUUCAUGAAAAUGUGGCAUUCGUUCUGUGUUUGGAUACACUGUCCAACGGCGAUGAGCUGUUCGUGCACGUGUCUCGGCCUCCUAAGCCUGACAUUCCUCUGCACUCUUUCAUUCAACAGCUCGAGCAGGUAGUUCACUCCAGAUACCCCUGGGUGAAGGUGGGAUUGGUUCACAAGAAGAUCAAUCUUGUAGAGUCCACGGUAGCUUGGGAGCACGAACGCUACAGCCUUCGGAGGAUCCUAGGAUUUACUCUGUCUCACCUGGAAGAUCCCAAAUCUGAGCUCCGCGGCUCUAUUCUGGACACAACAUCUCAAGUGGAUUUUAGAAAACUUAAACGCAAUGGGCUCAUCGUAGCAGAAGCACUGGCGCGAUACAUGUACAAUCUUUCAGACAAAGGUUCACCAAAGGAUGUACAGGUUUUCAAGGGUCACUUGGACUUUCAAGACAGCCGUAUGUCCAGCCUGAUGUCGGUUCUGACCUCGGUCCCUCGGGCCACCCAGCUGCUGGAUAAGGAACCGAGUCAGAUUCUUCUGAUCAACUCACUGGAGCACGAGUUCAGACGUUACCUGCAGCAGGUCCACAGACACACCUUCCGACAGGACAAAAGAGACCCAGAGGUCACCUUUUUUGAUCAAAUGAACCAACCAAUAGUGAUGUACAGGGUGAAGCCAGCAGCAUUUGAUCUCUUCCUGGGCGGAUGCAUUACUGCAUAUUUGGGGAUAGUUUAUUAUGCAAUUCAGAAUUUUGCGUAUCUGUACACACAUCUGAAAGCAGCAGCGAAAUUCAAGCAGAAGUAAAAGCUGUACGUGCACAAACAGAGACUGUGGCGACAACUUUUGAAGUCUGCUGCGCAUUCGGAGCGUUUGCUUCACAGACCAGUCGGCAUCAAUCUGCUCGUACGCAAAUCCUUUGACGUGCACAUUUGCUUGGACAUGAUUAUGACCUUUAGAUAUGUUUGUACUUUUCUUAGCAAGAUUUCUUUGUGAUUUAAAAUAAAAGAAUUUGGACUA